CAUUAAUGUAUUAUGAUCUCGACAAAAUAUAGCUUAAAGAUGACUUCGAUAAAAAUAUCGAUUUCGUUGGCAACAAUUUUGGUCGCCGUUGUGUCGGCAAAAAAACCGAAUCCAUUACCAUCGAUACCGGCAAAUUCUUCAGUUCUGAAUCGUGUUCGUCCAAUACCAUCGGUCUCAACGACUACGAUUGUUUUGCCAACACGAUUACCAACAUCUUCAACACCAACGGUUCCGGUAUCAUCGCCAUCAACAUCAGCAUCGCCAUCAUUAUCGGUACCAGAAAUUCAAUCAAUACCAGCUCAAUCAGCACCAGCAGUAUCGAUUCAAGCACCACCACAACCAAGUGGUGAUCAAGUGCCACAAGUAGUUAUCACAGCGGAACAAGCCACUUUGCUAGAUCGUUUUAUGGGUCCAUACAAACACAGACGUAAUAUACGAAUAUUAUAUGAUGCCGAUUUUCAAUACAGAUGUUUAGAUGCAAUGAAUCGUAAACGUUUGUGGCAUGAAAAUACUCCACCAUUAGUGUUGGGUGAUAAUUUUACACAAUAUACAAUUGAUCGUGCUUGGAGCAUUUUAAGUGAUAUUGCCGAAGGAAAACGAGAAAUCGUUAAAGGUCCAUAUGCAUUUGGCGAGAGUUUUUUCUGGUAUUAUGAUCCUAAACGUUAUCGUGCGGUUGAAGAAGCAAUCAACACUUGGUAUGAUGAGGAACGUCAUUAUGAUUAUAGUGAACCAAGAUUCUCAGCACGAACCGGUGGUUUCACACAACUAGUAUGGCGUGGAUCACGUGAAGCGACCUGUGUGAAAAUUGAAUUUGAAACACCACAGAAUUAUAAAACUUUGAUAGUUGCCAAUUUUUGGCCACCUGGUAAUGUAAAAGGUGAAUUUUCUGCCAACGUAAUGCCAUUACGUUCAACACGACCUGAUAUGGUUGAACCACCAUCACAUAAAAACAAAAGACCAUGGCCACGACCACCAUAUCGGCCAACAACGGAACCACCAUCUUAUCCUACACAUCCAUUAUUUAAUCAUGGUGUAUAUGAAGUACCGCAAUCGAAAAUCAAAAAUCAACACGUAGAAGAAGAUCCACAUAAAAUCGUUGAAGAAACGUUGAAAACAAUAAAUUAUUGAGUGCAGGGGAUAAAAAUUAAAUUAAUUCAAUUUUCGAAAUAAUUAAUCUUACAAAAAAAAUGAUAAAUAAUAUUUCAUAUUGUAUAUCAAAUUUGAUUGGAAUUAAAGGGAAAAUAAAAAUAAAAAUUCGCUAUUGAAACAAAA